AAAAGAAAACCGGAAACAACCUUUGUUAGUUAGCUUGCUUAUGACAUUCAUCCUAUUUUGUUAGCCUGUCUAGCAAACAGAUGUCGACUAGUUGAACGUAUUCGUAUAUGGAUAUGUUUGCAUAAAACGGUUUAGACACCACUCCUAACAAGGAAGGGAGGAUAGCUGCUGAACAUUCCUCAUCCCAGAAGACUGCGUACAUGGAGCCUGAUGGUGAAUCGGACAGAGACUCUGGUGUUGGAGAAGAUUCUGGAGAAGACGCAGAUAGCUCUGAGAAAUGCAACGUAACAGAAGAAGUUGGACCCAUGGAGCAAGAAGACACUAGAGAAAAUGGAGAGGAGGACUUUACAGUCUUUGUUGCCUUUCAAGGAAACAUGGAUGAUGAGAACUUCACUCAAAAACUAGAAACUAUCCUCAAUGGGAUACCUGAUGUUCUUAAUUUGGGCCCAGAACGGCUGCAGCCUAAACAUGUUGAGCCGUGGAACAGUGUCCGUGUCACAUUCAACAUUCCCCGGGAUGCUGCUGAGCGACUCCGGUUGUUGGCCCAAAACAACCAGCAGCAGCUCAGAGACCUGGGUAUUCUCUCUGUGCAAAUAGAAGGAGAGGGAGCAAUUAAUGUGGCUGUGGGACCAAACAGAGGACAAGAAGUCAGAGUGAAUGGACCAAUUGGUGCACCUGGUCAGAUGAGAAUGGAUGGUGGCUUUCCAGGUCAGCCUGGCCCAGGGGUGGUAAGGAUGGCCAAUCCAUCAAUGGUUCCCCCUGGACCUGGCAUGGUGGGUCAGGCUAUGUUACCUGGAAGUAGUGGACAACUCCAUCCUCGAAUGCAAAGGCACCCUUCACAAACAGAUGUGAUGGAUCCAAUGAUGCCAGUCAUGUCCAUGCAGCAGCAGCAGCAGCAGCAACAACAACAACAACUUCAACAUCAGCAGGUUGCUCCCCCUGGCCCUGGCCCCAUGCCUUCCCAAGCUGCCCAACACAUGCAGGUUCUGCAGGCUAGAAGACCGCUCAACCCAGCUGCACUCCAGCAGUUACAGCAUCAUCAACAGCAGCAGCAGGCCCAGCAGCAGGCUCAGCUUGCCCAGCUUGGACCAAGAGCUCCUUUCAACCCUUCAGGUCCAAUGCCUGCACCUCCUAGUUGGAAUCAGUUGCCUUCUGGUGUGCUACAGCCACCAGCAGCCCAGGGAGGCCCUGCUUGGAGAAAACUCCCACCCCAAAGUCAAAUAGUUCAGCGUCCACCCUCUCUAGCAACAGUUCAGACCCCUAAUCACCCUCCACCUCCAUAUCCCUUUGGCAGUCAGCAAGCUGGGCAGUUAUUCAAUGCCAUAGGUCAAGGACAGUUGCAACAGCAGCAGCAGGCCGGGAUGGGUCAGUUUGCUGCUCCCCAACCUAAAGGCCAACAGCCUGGACCUGGUGGUGUCACCGGACCACCCAGACCGCCACCACCUCUUCCAUCAACUACUGGACCGCAGGGCAACCUCACUGCAAAGUCCCCUGGAUCAUCAUCUUCUCCAUUUCAGCAAGGCUCUCCAGGGACACCUCCCAUAAUGGCUCAAAGACCUACAACUCCACAGGGUUUCCCCCAGGGUGUUGGUUCACCGGGCAGAGCAGCCCUCAGCCAACAAGGUAACAUGCAGCAAGGUUUCAUGGGAAUGCCCCAGCAUGGACAGCCUGGGGCCCAAGUUCAUACGGGCAUGGCAAAGCGUCCGAUGGGCUUUCCCACUCCAAACUUUGUUCAGAGUCAGGUGAGUGCCAGCACUCCAGGAACCCCUGUUGGCGGAGCACCUCAGCAGCUUCAGAGCAGCCAACCAAUGACUCACACAGGAGCCCAGCCAUCAGCCUCCACACCAAUCUCAAUGCAGGGACCACCCCAUGUCCAACCCAAUGUUAUGGCCGUGCAAAGUAGCAUGGCAGGUCCAUCCCCCGUUACGACAGCUGGACCCAGUAUGGGCCAGCAGCAGCCUGGCCUCCAGCCUCAGAUGAUGGGCCUCCAGCAUCAGGUCCAGCCUGUGUCCUCGUCCCCCAGCCAGAUGGUUCAAGGCCAGGGUGGAGGUCAGACUGUCCUUUCAAGGCCCAUCAGUCAAGGGCAGAGAGGAGGGAUGACCCCACCUAAGCAGAUGAUGCCACAGCAAGGCCAGGGGGUGAUGCAUGGGCAGGGUCAGAUGGUUGGAGGCCAAGGGCACCAUGCCAUGCUUCUGCAGCAUCAGCAGCAGCAACAACAACAAAAUUCCAUGAUGGAGCAAAUGGUUGCCAACCAGAUGCAAGCAAACAAACAGGCAUUUGGAGGCAAGAUUCCACCUGGGGUCAUGCCUGGUCAGAUGAUGCGGGGCCCUUCACCAAAUGUUCCUGCUAACUUGGCUCAGUUUCAAGGACAGGUCCCACAGCAGAUGACUCCUCAGCAGCAGCAAAUUGCUCAACUUCAGCAGCAGCAGUUACAACAACAGCAUCAGCUGCAACAACAGCAGCAGCAGCAGCAACUUGGUCAACAACCACAACAGGUUCCAGUCUCUGGCAAUCCCAAUCAACCUAUGAACAUGCAUGGGCAACAGAUGCGACUCCCUGCUGGUCAUCCUCUUAUUCAGCAACAACAGUUGCAGCAGCAGCAGUUUCAGCAGCAACAACAAAAACAACAACAAGCCAUGUUACAACAGCAACAACAGGCAGCACAGCAACACUCGCAUGUCAUAGGUGAUCCAAAUAGUGGAGCAGGAGAAUUAGGUGUGCAGCAAAUGGUCCCUGAUAUGCAGGCUCAACAGCAGCAGCAGCAACAAAGUAUGCUUGGGGGACCUCAACACAUGCAGAUGGGAAAUGGACACUUUGCAGGUCAUGGUAUGAAUUUCAACCAACAAUUCCCUGGUCAGAUGCCAAUUGGAGGACCUUGUGGACAGCCAGGUGGCUUCCCCAUUAGCAAAGAUGUGACACUGACUAGCCCAUUGCUGGUCAAUUUGCUGCAGAGUGACAUCUCAGCAAGCCAGUUUGGACCAGGAGGAAAACAAGGAGCUGGUGGGGACAAUCAGGCCAAACCUAAAAAGAAGAAGCCAGCAAGAAAGAAGAAACCCAAGGAGAGUGAUGGACAACAGCAAAUAGAGGGACCUGGUGGUCUUGAAGGGGCUGCUGGCAUGGAGGAUUCUGAAGGGCCAAACCUGGGUGGGGAGCAGACUUUGGGUUCGGAAAACUCAGGCCAGAAACUCACUGAUUUUACCAACAGGCCAACAGGCUUUCCUGGUCAGGCAGGGGAGCAAAGAGUGCUGCAGCAAGUACCCAUGCAAUUCAUUCACCAACAACAGCAGCAGCAGCAACAACAACAGAUGCAGCACAUGCAACAACAGCAUAUACAACAACAGCAAAUGCAGCAUCAACAGCAACAACAAAUCCACCACAUGCAACAGCAGCAUAUACAACAACAACAACAACAACAACAGCAGCAGCAGCAACAACAACAAUUACAACAACACCAAAUACAGCAACAGCAACAUAUGAUGCAGGUACUCCACAAUGCUCAAGGGCAGCAAUCCAUGACAGGGCCACCAACUUCAGGUCAAGGUCAGCCACAGAUGCAUCCUCAUCAGUUGCAACAACCACAGCAGUCCCACCUGCAACAACAGCAGCAGCAACAGCAGCAGCAGAUGAUGAUGAUGCUAAAAAUUCAACAAGAGCAGUCAAAGAAUCGCAUGCCCAUCCCUCCCGGAGGGCAGCUUCCUCCUCGUGGCAUGGUCAAUCCAUCUGAUAUGCAAAGACAUCCUGUUUCACAGCAAAGCAACAUGCCUGUAAUGAUCAGCCUUCAGGGUCAUGGAAGUGUACCCCCAUCACCUGACAAAGCAAGGGGGAUUCCCCUGAUGGUUAACCCACAGCUUGCAGGUGCUGCACGAAGAAUGUCCCAUCCUGAUGUAGGGCAGAGCACCCAAGGCACUGGACCCGAGGAGGGCCCAGCAGGGGCCCACUCAACACAGGACAGGCCUGGUGGGUCCCAGGAAAUUGGGACCCAGCCAGGAAAUGGGAUCCAACAGGCUGUGUCCAGCCAGAGUUCUAACACUCCUAUGAUGAAGCAAGGCUCUGGUCAAACACAAAUGCCCCAGCAUACUGGGGCUAGUCCCCAGCAGCAAUUACCCACUCAGCCUCAACAAGGAGGUCACAUGCCUGGCCUUCAUUUCCCCAAUGUCCCUUCAACCUCCCAGAGCUCAAGGCCUAAAACCCCUAACCGAGCCAGCCCCAGACCAUAUCACCAUCCCCUCACUCCAUCUAAUCGUCCACCCAGCACUGAGCCCUCGGAAAUUAACCUUUCACCUGAGAGGCUAAAUGCUUCAAUUGCUGGACUGUUUCCUCCCAAAAUUAACAUUCCUCUUCCUCCAAGACAGCCAAACCUUAAUAAAGGAUUUGACCAGCAAGGUCUGAACCCAACAACUCUGAAAGCCAUUGGGCAAGCCCCUCCUGGGUUAACUCUAACAAGCAACAACAAUGGGAAUGCAGGGGGAAACAACACCAAUAAUCAGCAGGCUUCUGGAGCUGGUGUUGGAGUUUUAGGUGCUAAACAAGAGAAACAGUCUGGGGGGCAAAGUAAGAGGGCAAGUCCUAGCAAUAGCCGUAGAUCAAGUCCAGCUUCUAGUCGCAAGUCAGCCACUCCAAGUCCUGGAAGACAAAAGGGGGCCAAAAUGACAAUAAAUUGCCCUCCACACCAACAGCAGUUGGUCAAUCCUCAAGGGCAAACAAUGAUGCUAAGCCCAUCCUCGGUACCUCCGAGUCCGGUAUCUAUGCCUUCACAAGUUAGUGGAGGAAUGGAAAUGCAACAGACUCAGAGCCCCCUCCAUGGGAUUCACAGUAAUCCUGCUGAUGGGGUCAGGGAGAAUCAGGGAAUGAUUACCCCAGAGCAGCGUCUAACGCCCCAACCUCAGUCCCAGUUACAACAAUUCAGGGAUUUAUCGACCUCCAGAAUGACAAGUCAUCGUCUGCAGACAUCCCAGCAGCCUAAACCUGAUGUAGAACUACAGGCGAGUGCAGUUGAUCGGGGUCCAACUCACCAGACUUCUAUACAAAAUACUGAAGUCUCACCUGCUCUCAGAGAAGCUCCGACAUCACUUAACCAGUUACUGGAUAACACGAGUGUAUUGAACAUGGCACUUGGGCCUACGCUGAGUAAUACUGUUGCCAUAGGAAAAGACGCCUCUAAGUCUUCUCUGGAUCAAGACAGACCAGUCUCCAGUACUUCACAGAGUCUGUCAUCUGUUGUCACCACAGCUACUGUAAAUGAAACUGAAGCUAAACUCAGACCUGCUGUACCCAUUUCUACAAGCAGUUCUACUUUGUACCCUCUUCCAGUCCCCAGCUCACACCCUCUGACUAAUGUCAACUUAAGUACUACUUGUGUCAAUUUAAAUCCAAACUUACAUUCAACACCUUCUCCUUGCAGCUCAGUCAGCACCAACACUAAUGCCACUCUAGGUUUUAACAUCAAUACAGUCUCAUCUGGUCAGAACAGUUCAGUUUCUGCUAUUAGUACCAGUUCUAGCUCCAACUCUUCUGUAAAUCCAAUCAGUUCAGCUCUUAAACCAAGCCCUAGUCCUAAACCGUUAACAAAUGUUCAUCCUAUUAUACAGAUUCCUGCAUCAUCAAGCAACCUUUCUCCCAGCCAGUUCAGAGUGCUUGUCACCUCAAACCCCAUUACAUCCGCGACCACGUCACAGGUGCCCACCUCUAUGAUGGGCGUCCCUAACAAAAACAUCAGACCUCAGGACACCCGACAGCAAAGUUCUGGCACGAGACCUGCUCAGUUUAUUACAACCACCCCUGUACUGAUCAGUCCAAUUUUUCAGGUCACAGGUUCUUCAGUCCCUCCCAAUACAACUGUGGUAUCCCAGUCUGUCACCAUGAUGGGUGCUAUUCAGGCGCCAGCAGCAAACAUCCAACUUUCUCCUGCUCCAACCUCCACACAGCCAUCAGGGGCCAUUAUGACAAGUGCUCACUCCAUGAAGAGUGCUGUUGGACAGGUUCACAUAGCUUCUAGUUUGUCUUCUUCAGUCCCUGUUGGUACUCUCAUUGCUUCUCAACAAAUCAACCAAGGAAAUAUCAAAACAGAAAAUGUAGGUGAGACAAGUUCUCAGAAAUCUGCUCUCGCUGUUUGUCAGCCUCCUUCCCAUCCAAACCCUUUGAGUUCUUCCUUUCAGCCACCUCUAACUUCUCCACCCCCAUGUUCUAGUCCUGGGACUGUUAACACCAUUCGAAAGAGCCCUGUAUCACCCUCUCCAACACCCCAUGGGAAGAGUAAGCCCGUGACAUCUCCUGUGUCUGGGACAAGUGAUUCUCAGCAAAGCUCUGUAGAAAGGCCGCUGCAUGGACACACUGGGGCUCUCCCACCACAGGUCUUUAUUCCUCCUGCUAAUCCAGCUCUUCAGACUGAAGCACAAGCUCCCCAUACCACGGCUGUUGGCUCAAACAGUUCUCUGACUGUAGUUUCCUCCCAUACUUCUAGCCUGGUUAAGCUGGCUGGCCAGGCUUCUUUAUGUACUCCUGCCUCAGUCUCAAGCCUACCUCAGGCAGUCAGUUCUCAAGUUCCAGUUGUGACUGUAGUAGGUACCACCUCUGGAGUCUCUUCCAGUACCUUCCUCACGACAGUCACUCCUUUACAAAGUCCAGUACCGUCUGUUGUUCCAAUUGUUGCUGCACCAGGACCUGCUGAGGGCUCUAAAGUCUCACACCCUCCAGCUCCCAGUGGAGUACCACCAGUGCAAUCUGACCCCCCAGUUGUUGAGCUUUCCAUUCCACCAGUUGCCGCACCUUCUGAAUCCUGUCUGACCACUCCAGCACCUCUUCAACAAGAAGCUUCACAGGAACGUGACACGACUGAGAAGAGAAGUGAAGAUGUGGCUGCAGGUUCUGAGCAAGGAUGGGCAAAGAAAAGAAAGGCGCCCAUCAGCUUAGAGCUAAGAGCUGCUGUGGAGAAGCCCAAGGGGCCAAGCAGACGCAGCUCCCGAGCGGACAAAGAGGUGGAGGAGGAGCCAGUAGCUGAUAGUGGCAUCAGAAAGAGAUCAGCCAGGCCUGGAUCAAGCACUGCUGUAAAAGAAACUGCUGCAAGCCCUACCCAAGCCAAGCGAAGGAAGUCUAAAUAAACCCGACCGCAGCUCCGUUUACCUGUGAAUCUGUUUCCGCUGUGAAUCGGUUAAUUUUCCUGGCCUGGAUUACGACUUUUCCACUGGAGGAUGAACCCGUGUACAGAUUGUUUUAGAAGAAAUAUGAAGCUAUUGUUUGUAAUUUCAUGCAUUUAUGCAAUAUUGUAGUACGAUGUGUGCACAGUUGGUGUGAAUGGGCUUUUACGAUUAAAUGCUGGAUUAUUCAUGUGAAAACUGAUUAAUAAACUAAUUACUGUAUAAUAAUGCUGUAAAAUGAAUAAAUUUUUUUACUGCUUUUGUCCUGUGAAA